UUUUUGUUUCCUAAUAGUGACCUCCAAAAUAUGGUACCAGGCAACAAAACACAAAUUUCAGAAUUUAUUCUUCUGGGAUUUUCAGAGGAACCAGCACUGCAGCCCAUCAUAUUUGGGCUUUUCCUCUCCAUGUAUCUGAUCACUGUGGUUGGAAACCUGCUCAUCAUCCUGGCGGUCAACUCAGACCCCCAGCUCCACAGCCCCAUGUACUUCUUCCUCUCCAACCUGUCCUUUGUAGACAUCUGCUUCACCUCCAUCACCAUCCCUAAGAUGCUAGUGAACAUACAAACACAAAGCAAAGUCAUUUCCUAUGAAGACUGCUUCACUCAGAUAUAUUUUUUCCUACUAUUUGUACAGUUGGAUGACUUCCUCCUGACUGUCAUGUCGUAUGACCGGUAUGUGGCCAUCUGUCACCCCCUGCACUACGCAGUCAUCAUGAGCCCCCGGGUGUGUGCACUGCUGGUGCUGGUGUCCUGGAUGAUAGGUGCCCUGAAUUCCCUGUUACAAACUUUACUGGCCCUGCGCUUGUCUUUCUGUACAGUCUUGGAAAUCCCACACUUCUUCUGUGAAUUCAAAGAGGUGAUCCAGCUUGCCUGUUCUGACACCUUUCUUAAUAAAACCAUGAUGCACUUUGCAGUUGCGCUGUUGGGUGGUGGUCCAUUCGCUGGGAUAUGUUACUCUUACUCUAGGAUCAUUUCCUCCAUACGUAGAAUCUCAUCAGCUCAGGGGAAGUAUAAAGCGUUUUCCACCUGUGCAUCUCACCUCUCAGUUGUCUCCUUGUUUUAUUGUUCAGUCUUAGGAGUGUACUUUACCCCUGCUGUUACCCACAACUCACAUUCAAGUGUAACAGCCUCAGUGAUGUACACUGUGGUCACACCCAUGCUGAACCCCUUCAUCUACAGUCUGAGGAAUAAAGACAUAAAGAGGGCUCUGAGAAAAUUCUUUAGGACGGCAACUAUAUUAGAACCAAUUGUCUUGAGGUCUUAG